CCGCCACAUAGGGGACAGGGCACCCCCAGGUAGGGGACGGUGGGCUGCGGGGCUAGCCGGUGGGAGAUAAGGGAUUGCGGGGGGGCUGCAAGGCCACCCCCCAGGUAAGGGACAAGGGGACAGCAGGGACACUCAGGGAAGGGACAAGGGGACUCCAAGGGCUGUGUCCCCCCCACCCCGUCCCUUCUCCCUCGGGCAUCCUCAAAGAGCUCUCCAAGAGGUCCCCAGCACAGGGAACAGAGUUGGGGGACAGUUGUAGGAGGGCAAUGCCCCAUCCCAAUUUUGGGGGGCAUGUGGGGGUGCCCCAUAAGUGGCCCUAUCCCCAUUGGUCCCACCUGGGCUCCCACCCCAGGAGAUUUUGGGGUGAUGCUUGUGGGAAACCAGGGGGGCCCUUCCCAACGUGGCCUCAGCCAUCCCAAAACAGGAUGGAGCUACGUGGGGGGGGCAGACACCCCCCCCCCCCAAAAAAGGGAGGGGGGGCGAACCCCAUUAAUGCACCCCACAAGCCUUGACCACCUGAAUGGCCCCCGGCUUGGGGGGGGGGAACCGGGGGGUGCCGCGAUGGGGCCGCUGGGAUCCCGUCAGCCCCGGCACAAAGAGGAAUGCAAUGAGCACAUGGUUCCUAUUAGCCCUGGAGAUUUUUUUUUUCUUUUUCGGGUUGUUUUUUUAUGAUUAUUACUCCCCCCGCCCCCCCUAUUUUCUGCAGCUCAGCCAGGGAGGAGGAAAACCGGCAGCUCCCGCGGGCGAGGAUUUGAGCAGCUGGGCAAAGGCUGGCAGCGCUGGAGCCCGUUUGGGGUUUUGCCGGCGGGGAGGGAGGGAAGGAGGGAGCGAAUCCGCUCAGGGUUUUUUCCUAUUUAAUCCCUUCCCCUGCUUGAGUCAGAGGCUGAAAUCACCAGCGUGCACGUCCUGAAGCUUUUCCCCCACCACGGGGGGACCGGCUGCCCCUGAAAGGAUGCACUGGCGUCUUUGAGCGGGAUUUUGGGGGAGCAGAGCCACCCUGCACCAGGGCAUGAGACCGGGCAACUCGUCACACAGGUCUGGCCCCUCUAUGACUUCAGCGAUGCUGCCAGGGAAAGCGGAGAAGAGGAUCGCUUCAUCAGUCUUCAUCACCCUGGUGCCGCCGCGGAGGGAGGUGCUCACCAAGGAGAAAACCCAAAGAGAGCCGCAGCCGGACGGUGCCGAGGUCCCAGGCGCACAUCACCCCCAGACCCCACCGCCACAGCCCCCCACAUUGCCCAACGGAGAAAUCCGCCCAGCGGCCCCCGUGCCUUCGUCCCCGCCGGUCCUUGUCCUCUCCGAAGCACCCCAGCCCUUGUCCGCAGAGGCACUGGGUCCGGCGCUGCAGCAAUUGGACCUUGCAACACCUGCCACCCUCCAGGCUCCUUCUGCCUUCCCCGCUGAAUUGAGGCCGCCCAAAUUUUGCCGGGAGCAAGCGGGCAAGCCGCAGUGGCAGGAUGCGAAUGGCUACCCGGAGAGGGACAGCUCCAGAGACAUCUGUGCCUUCUGCCACAAAGUGGUGGGACCCCGGGAGCCAACGGUGGAGGCGAUGCGGAAGCAGUACCACGCUGACUGCUUCACCUGCCGGACAUGCCACCGGCUCCUGGCCGGCCAGCGCUACUACCAAAGAGACGGGCGGCCCAUGUGCGAUGCCUGCUACCAGACCACGCUGGAGAAAUGUGCCAAGUGCCGGGGGCUGAUUGCGGAGCGCAUUGUCCGUGCCCUGGGCAAGGGCUACCACCCUGCCUGCUUCUCCUGCACCGCCUGCGGCCGGGCCAUCGGCGCCGAGAGCUUUGCCGUGGACGAGCGGGACGAGGUGUACUGUGUGGCUGACUUUUACAGGAAAUAUGCUGCAGUUUGCAGUGCCUGCGAGCACCCCAUUGUCCCCCGCGAGGACAAGGACACCUACAAGAUUGAGUGCCUGGGACGCAGUUUCCAUGAGAGCUGCUACCGCUGCGAGAGCUGCGGGACGCCCUUGUCACCGGAGCCGACAGAGAAUGGGUGCUACCCCCUGGACGACCACCUCCUCUGCAAGUCCUGCCACGUCCGUCGGCGAAACGAGUCGUCCUGCUAAAACCCCGUGGCUCAGCCUCCAUCUUCCAGCACCAGCCACCAAAAAGGGGGUGCACCCACCAGGAUGCACCCUGCAGCUGGUCCCGGGGUGCCUGCUGCACCCCCAAAUAGCUGCAUGACUGGCAUUUUCAUCACCAAAAUGUACCCAGGACCCCAACCUGCUGGGCUGGCCAAGUGGAGAAGCACAGAUGUAGUGUCCCGGCACGGCUCUGUGCUUGUUACAAACGUAAAAAGCCCUGGCAGAGCAGUGGUGGUGGAGGAGCUGAGGUUUCGUUCACUUAUUUCUUUUUUUAAACUCCUUUUCCGAGGCCGGUUUGGUUUCCUUGGGUGUUUUUUCUUUCUUCUCGAGCUUCCUUGGGGUUUCAAUUAAACAUUUCUCUCUGCGGUGAUGCAGAGAGCAGGCACUGAUUUAGUUACUCACAGUUAAAUAAAACCCCGAGUUUAAAAA